AUGCCGCUGCUUCGGGGCGUGUGGGGAUUGCUCAGCGCCCUGGGCAAGUCCGGCGCCGAGCUCUGCGCGGACUGUGGGAGUCGGCUGCGCGCACCCUUCAGCUUCGUGUAUAUACCCAGAUGGUUUUCAUCUACUUUGAGUAGUUAUCCAAAGAAGCCUAUGACUUCUUACGUUCGAUUUUCUAAAGAACAGCUACCCAUAUAUAAAGCUAAGAACCCAGAUGCGAAAAAUUCAGAACUAAUUAAAAAAAUUGCGGAAAUAUGGAGGGAACUUCCUGAAUCACAGAAAAAAAUAUAUGAAGAUGCUUACAAGGCAGACUGGCAAGCAUACAAAGAAGAGAUAAACAGACUUCAAGAACAGCUUACUCCAAGUCAGAAAGUAUCUUUGGAAAAAGAAAUGAUGCAAAAACGUUUAAAAAAGAAAUCGAUAUUAAAAAAGAGAGAGUUAACACUGCUUGGAAAACCAAAAAGACCUCGCUCAGCUUAUAACAUUUUUAUAUCUGAAUGCUUCCAGGGAGCUAAGACUGGCUCAUUACAGAUAAGGCUGAAAAAUAUAAAUGAAAGGUGGAAAAAUCUCUCUGAUGCUGAAAAGCAAGUAUAUAUUCAACUUGCUGAAGAUGAUAAAGCUCGUUAUUACAGCGAAAUCAAAUCUUGGGAAGAACAAAUGAUUGAAGUUGGACGUGAAGAUCUUCUUCGUCGCAAAGUGAAGCCCCAAUCAAAAGGCAGUGAGGAAUAUUAA